AUGUCCUUAUUGAUCCUUCCGGAUGACGUGAUCCACGAAAUCAUCUUCUAUGUGUCCUCUAGAGAACUCUAUGACUAUUCGUCCAAUAUCAUAUCGACGGAAUCCCUGAGACCGCAUGGAUCCUUCACUCCUAACAGUUGCAGGGUCUAUGGGUUCAAGGACCUAAUGGCAAUAUCAUCCACUUGCGUACGACUUCGAGUCAUAUGUGGACCAACAAUACUUCGGUUUGUCAGCUUGGUUCGACGAAGCGAAAUUGAUGCCAUCUUGGCGUAUCCUACUAGAAUGGACAAGUGGAGUGACAGUAAAGCACUCCAAAGGCAUUUCAUCAAAGAGAUUUUGACCACAAACUUCUCUAUCUGUGCUAGAGAAGAAUUAGCAAGGUUGAGUUUCCGACCCAGUGUCAAUGGUGACUUACGUUUCUGGAGUAGAUACCAAAGACAGUUUAGUGCCAACCAUUAUGUGAAAGAAUUGGAGAUUACCAAUAGCUCGCUCAAAAACGGUGAUUUGGCCUUGUUUCCUCAAUUAAGCAGCUUGAAGGUGCUAGAUAAACCUGCUGAGACUAAGCCCGAAGGAGAAUUGCCUUCUUUGAAUCUGAACUUGUCGAUACUAUCUAUCAACCUAGAGACUUUACUUGGCUGCGAGUCUCUCUUGCGUAUACUACCGCAAUUGCAUGAAUUGAACCUUAUUUGUGACAUCAACAGUCUAGAACCACAUGUGAGCUUACUGGCUUUCAAGAUUGCGCUAGGAUCUUCCAAUAAUUUGUCUUCAUUCACGUUGUUUGUUACCGAUCCAGAUCUACUUCAAUAUUCAGAGUUCGUGGACACCUUACACCACAUAAUAUCUACGGGAUACGUUCAAACCAUCGCUCUAAGGCUCACACGCAAGGCAGGGCAACGAGCAAGUAUCAAGAAAUGGGAUGUGUUCUCCAAACAAGAAGACACAGGGCCGUCUUUCGUGAGGGCACUUAAUUCGGGCAGUUCUCUACGGUCCGUAGUGGUGGACUUUGAUUUGAUUAAUCGAUUGCUGUUUCCGCCUAGAUUUCUUGCUCGAAGACAUGAUUUCCCAAUUAAAGAAUCCAUCUGCUUCUAUCUAAUCGACUACUCCCUCAGUGUCCCCAAACUACUCUUCAAGCCUAGAGAAAUGGUAGCCAAUAUCAUCCAGUCCAUUGGGGCCACUGAAGUUGUCUUCAUCUAUGGCGAGGUAAUUGACCAGUCCCAUCUACAUGCCAUUGGAGUCAUGAGCAACUUACUAAUCUAUUUAGUUUCUGAUGCCCAUCGUGCAGCACCUUACUCGGCGAUUACCCAAGUGAGUAUGGAAAAAGCGUGGUCAAUGUCUGAUGACUCCCUAGUACGACACUUCUAUGAAUCCCUAAUUGACAGUUACGAUGCUGCAGAAAAGUUCAGCGACACGAAGCGAGAAUUGGCUGCUAAAAUCCGCGCAGUGUCUACUGGAGAUCACCAUGUCUUUUCUUCGCCAAGGUACAGGAAAAGAGAGGAUUAUGUGGUUCUCUUAGAGAGCUCACAGGGAAAUCCCACGCCUAUGAUGAUUCCAAGAAGCAGACAAAAGCCUAAAGACAGUUUCUGGCCCACUGAGGCCAUGUUGAAGGACCUUGAGCACUACUGUAUGCGAGAGAAGCCACUUAGUAGUAUUUGGGAUUAG